AUGUGUGCUAAGAAGCUGAAAUAUACUGCAGGUGAUGACUUGCAAUUAUAUGCAACACCAAAACAAGCUCUUGAAGCUAAUAGAAGGAUUCUCGAAGAAGAGAAAUUACAAAGACAACAAAAAUAUGAAAUGAAAAUGUCACAAGAGGCAAGAAUUAAUGGUACUCGCAUAUCAUCAGCACCUUCGUCAUAUAUUGAUUAUAAGAAACAAAAUAAUAGUAAUCAUUCAUUACCUGGUUCUCGUAUAUCGUCUAACCAACAAUUGCAGCAGCAACAGCAACAACAGCAUCAGAAUCAAUCCCAUAUACAACAGAUGCAUCGUGUUUUACCACAACAGAGACCUUCUAAUAUGAAUGAUGGCACUUAUAUACAUGCAAGUAAAAUGGGAAUUGUAUCAAGUAACGGACACAGCAUAAAUUCAAGACCUGUACCUAACGCCCCAAUUCCGAUUAUACCUGCAGUGACAAGAGGCUCCGGUGAGCGUAGUAGUAGUAGUUCACCUCGUAGACGAAUGUCGCCUGGUGGUCGGAAAGAAUCUGUUGGUUCUACAAAUCAACAAUUAAAGGAAGAAAGAGAUAUAUCUGUUGCUACACAAUUGUUUUAUAACCAUGAUAUUAAGAAACGUGAAAGAUUAACCGCAGAAGAGUUGCAAAAUUUAUUACAAAAUGAUGAUAGUACAAGGUUUUCAAUAUCUACCAUUGAUUCUUUAAUCAAUCUCUUUGGUGCAGCAAGAUUUGGUACUGUUAAUUUAAAUGAAUUUGUAUCGUUAUAUAAAAGAGUAAAAGCAUGGAGGAAAGUAUAUGUGGAUAAUGAUAUUAAUGGAUCAUUUACUUUAUCAUUAGAAGAAUAUCAAAACUCAUUAAAGGAAUUAGGUUAUAUGAUACCAUUUGAAGUUGGAGAGAAAUUAUUUGAUCAAUAUGCAGAAUUUAAUAUUAAACAAAAUUCGAAUACAAAAGAACUAAAAUUUGAUAAAUUUGUCGAGAGUUUAGUUUGGUUAUUACAAUUAACAAAACAAUUUCGUAAAUAUGAUACUAAUCAAGAAGGUGUAGCAAUAAUACAAUAUAAGGAUUUUAUUGAAACUACGUUAUUCCUUGGACGUCAUUUACCUCAUUAA